AUGUCCCGCGCAGGCCAGAUCGCCCUCAUCACCGCCGGCACCGUCGCCACCGGUAUCCUCGGCUAUGUCGUCUACUUUGACUACAUGCGCCGCAACUCGUCCGAGUUCCGCAAGGGCCUGAGGAAGCAGCAGAAGAAGAUCAAGCAGGCCGCUGAGGCUGAGGCCAAGGAGCAGGCCGUCCGUGACCAGCGUGCCCUUACCAUGGCUCUCGUUGAGCUCGAGCUCGAGCAGCCCCCUGCCACCCCCGAGGCUAUGGAGGCCUACUUCCAGGAGCACGUCGCUACCGCUGAGGCUCUCGCCGCCCAGGGCCCCUCCGAGUACGUCAACUCGGCUACCCACUUCUACCGCGCUCUCCGCGUGUACCCCCAGCCCGUCGAGCUCCUCAUGAUCUACCAGAAGGUCUGCCCCGAGCCCGUCUUCCAGCUUGUCCUCAAGCUCACUCAGCUCACCGCCGCUACCGGUGCCGGUGCCGCUGCUGUUCCCGCCGCUGCCAGCGUCGCCGACAUCGACGACGCUGCCCCCACCGUUGCUGAGGAGAAGGAGGCCGAGGAGGAGGCUGAGGCCGUCGCCGAGGCUAUCGUUGAGGCCGUCGAGGCUGCUGAGGAGGCUGCUGAGGAGGCCGCGGAGGAGGCUGAGGAGGCUGCCGAGGAGGUCGCUUCGGAGGGCCCCGCCAGCCAGACCUCGAGCGGCGCCGACUGGGAGCGCGUCUCCGAGGAGCACACCGCCUAA